AUGCGGAACUUUUGUGACGCGGAGAAAGUUGGAGUAAGUGAGUCAUUCGAUCCAACCAUUCUCGUACAUUCCUCUCUUCGAUCCGUCGGCUUCAUUCCUGGAUAUUCUCCCUCAGUCAUCCAGUCUCUUCUCUCCGCCCUCGGUCCUUCUGGCACCAUCGUUGUUCCAACUCAUACAGGCGAUAAUUCUGAUCCUGCCGCGUGGCAGGCACCUCCAGUACCAGAAUCAUGGUGGCAGCCAAUUAGAGACUCUAUACCGGCCUACGACCCAGCUACAACUAUCACCAGAGUCGUUGGUGUUGUUCCCGAGACGCUGCGAACAUGGCCUGGCGCCCUCCGUUCAGCUCAUCCACAGACAUCCUUUGCGGCGUUGGGUCCUCAGGCAGAGCGCAUCACAGAGGGACACGCACCGAAUUGUCGCUUAGGUGAAUCAAGUCCACUGGCAAAACUUGAAGCUGUGGAUGCUUGGGUUUUGCUUCUCGGGGUUGGUUGGGACAAAUGCACAGCUUUUCAUCUCGCCGAAUAUCGUAUCGAGAAUCCUCGUCUGGAAGACAACUCAUUUGCCAUAAAUAUAGAUGGCCAGCGACAAUGGAUUACGGUGCAAGACGUGGCUAUUACUGAUGAAGAUUUUGAGCGGCUUGGAGCUGACUUUGAGAGAGAUUGCAGGGUCAUACAUGGAACUGUUGGAGCAGCUGACUGCCGGCUGUUUUCUUUGCGAGAAGCAGUCGAGUAUGCAACAAGAUGGAUGAACAAGAAUAGAAGCAAACAAGAUUGA